AUGGAGCGAAGACCAGAUGACGGCAUUGAGAUCAAGAGCAGCCCCUUUGCAAACUCAAAAGACCAUUCCUUGUUGGACAGAAAGGUUGUUGACAAUGACAAGAUGUCAUUUGAGCGGACCUUCGAGUGUAAGGAGAUCCCGCCAUGGCAGAACCAACUUACGCUAAGAGCAUUUGUCGUGAGCUUCCUCUUGGGAAUUCUAUUCACUUUCAUCGUGAUGAAGAUCAACCUAACAACCGGUAUCAUACCUUCUCUGAAUGUUUCCGCGGGACUGCUGGGGUUCUUCUUUGUGAAGUCAUGGACGAAACUUUUGGAAAAGUCUGGUAUGUUAAGGCAACCUUUCACUCGGCAAGAGAACACCAUCAUCCAAACUUGUGUUGUCGCUAUCUCUGGAAUUGCUUUCAGUGGGGGUGUCGAAAGUUACAUUUUAGGAAUGAGUUUGUUUGAGGUGAAACAAUCUGCAGAAGCUAAUGCGGCACAAAAUGUCAAGAACCCAGAACUAGGAUGGAUGAUUGGAUUUCUUUUUGUUGUUCUCUUUCUGGGUCUAUUCUCUAUAGUGCCCCUCCAUAAGAUCGUGAUCGUCGACUUUAAAUUGGCGUACUCUUGUGGCACUGCAACUGCACACCUUAUGAAUAGUUUCCACAGUUCUCAAGACGUUGAGUUUGCUAAGAACCAAGUCAAAGCAUUAAGCAAGUUCUUCUCGUUUAGCUUCUUGUGGUAUCUCUUCCAAUGGUUCUUCGCUGCAGGGGAUGAUUGUGGAUUUGCAAAAUUCCAAUGGUUCUUCGCUUCGGUGAUACCUUUAAUUUAG